UCAUUCUCAAAAUGUCGACUGACGACUCUGAACCCUUCAGCGAAGAAUUCAACAAUUUUAUGUACAAAGUAAAUCAGGUUUCCAGUAUAAUCCAGAAACUAGCUUCAAAUGAAAAAAAUGUGCAAGAAGUUGGAGAACUAGAAGCUAAACACUACCUAGGUGAAUCCAAUGAAGAGAAAUCUGUCAUUCUCAACGAGGACACUAUCGAUAUCAAAAUAAAAAAUGACAGAACUGUCAUUAAUAGAAAAGCUCUUCUACGUGAAGAUAAUCCAGAGACUCAGUCGACAGAAACAUUCAUGGAAGAAGUGUCUAAGGAUGCAGAUAGAAGAUACAAAAACAAGUUAAGGAGAAGAGAAAAAAUGGAAACUUUUAAAAAACAAGCAACUUUGGCGUUCAGGAGAGGUGAAUAUGAAAAGGCUUUAUCUUUAUACGAUAAGGCAAUUGAACAAAUACGCGACAGUUGCAUAUUAUAUUCAAACAGGGCUCUUACAUAUAUUAACUUGAAGCACUACGACAAAGCAAUCAAGGACUGUGAAACUGCAUUGCAACUUAAUGAAAAUUCUCUAAGAGCAAGAUUAUUAUUGGCCAAAGCUUAUUACUUCAGCGGUGAAAUGAAUAAUUUUCAAAAAACUGUGGAAGAGGCAAAGGAAAGAAACGUUAGUGAACUGAACUUUAUAAAUGAUUUUGUGAAAAACCUUACUACCGAAUGUGAAGAAAGUACAGAAAGGAACUAAAAUUUUUGUUAUAAAUGAU